UUAGCCAUUAGGUAAGUUACAUUUAUCGUCUUUGUGAAGUGUUUUGUUUUUAUGACUUAGGCACUUAUCAUCAAUAAUAAUCGCUACCUGGUGCGUGCUAACCACACCGAGCGUACGAAGCCACGGAAGUGGUCAAGUGGCUGCUGAUGUUAUCGUUUAUCCCCUUGGUAGAAGUUCGGCCCGGCGCUUCCACGGAGAAAUACCGCUACAGCUGUGAUAGUUCUUACCUCGAAGCUGCAAGUGAAAUGUGGAUGGGGAUCGUAAAUCGGACGAUUUGAUUGUUCUGGGUUUCAAAGUUCGAACAGGGAAUCGUUGCUUUCAAAAGAAGAUCGCCAGCAUGGCUGUAUUUCAGAAACAAAUUGAUGCUGUCGUGAAACGCUACGAAAACGCUUUGAACGACAUUAGUCAGGAACUAUGGAACAAUCCCGAACUCCUUUACAAAGAGUACAAAGCGCACCAGCUUCUCACGGAUUUUCUGGAGAAGGAGAAGUUCACCGUUACUAGAAAGUACAAGGAACUGGAUACAGCAUUUCGAGCUGAAUUCCAGAGUGCGAAGUAUGAUCCGUCGCUGCAUGCAACUAUCGCGGUACUGUGCGAGUAUGAUGCACUACCGGAAAUUGGACAUGCAUGCGGGCACAACCUUAUUGCAGAAUCAGGUAUUGCCGCUGGUCUCGCCUUGCAAGAUAUUUUAAGAAAUCAGUCGGACGCUGGUUCUGUGGAAGGACGCCUGGUGGUGUUGGGGUGUCCAGCUGAAGAGGGCGGUGGCGGUAAAGUGGAUCUUAUCCGAGCUUCUGCAUUCGAUGACAUUGAUUUUGCCAUGAUGGUGCAUCCAUUCCCCUGGAACGAUUUGGAACCGAUUAUCCUCGGAAUAGAACGCUGUUACGUGAAGUAUCACGGGAAAGCGGCGCAUGCUUCCUGCGGACCUUGGGAAGGCAUUAACGCUCUGGAUGCUGCAGUUGCCGCGUAUCAGGACGUAUCGUUGUUUCGACAGCAGAUGAAACCCAAUUGGCGCGUGCAUGCCGUCAUUCUGAACGGUGGUGCGAAGCCGAAUAUCAUUCCGGAUUUGACAGUAUCACACUAUUAUAUGCGAACGCAAAAUGCGGCUGAUAUGCAAGUGCUCAAAACCCGGUUGAUGGAUAUAUUUAAUGCUGCUGCUAAAGCUACGGGAUGUACCAUGGAAAUCGAAUGGGAAGGACGACCAUACACAGGAAUGCUGCAUAAUUCCACAAUGUCUGCUCUUUAUAAGAAAUAUGCUGCUGCAGAAGGGAUGGAAUUCCCGGAAAAUGUUCCGGGAUUUUACGGUUCGACCGACAUGGGUAACGUGUCCAUUACGGUGCCCAGCAUUCACCCGUGUGUCUUCAUUGGACAGCAGUAUCUUAUUCACACCAAAGACAUGGCAAAGCAGGCCGGAAGUCCACAAGCCCAGCCGUACAUUUUAAACGCGGCCAAGGCUAUGGCUUUCACUGCCAUUGAGCUGUACCAAAGCAAAGAGCUACGCGACAAGGCGAAAUUGGAGUUCGAACAAAAGAAGAAAAGCUUUACUGGAUAAUGUUUUGCCACACGUGUUAGUGAUGCUUGCUAUUUAUGACUCUUGGUUUGAAAUGAUUUUGGUAAUUGUGAUUGUUUUAUUUGAGAUUUAUUUUAUAUUCGAUUACAGAUGAAAAGUUUUGAUUAUUGUGUUAUGACAAAAAAUUUUUUAAUUGGUUCACUGCGCAAAAAAUUGGAUGCAGCAAAAAUUUAGACUACGAGUACUGUUC